AUGGGAUUGCUGGGCCAGUCGAGUCGACCUCCCCUGCUGGCCGUCCCGCCCACCGCCGCGGCCGACCUUCUCGGCGGCUCUGGCCGCGCCAAGAUUGUCUGGAGCCAGCUGCGAGACGGCCGGGACCCGUUCGAGGAGUCUUCAGGGCUUGGCCACAAGGCGCGGCACGCGCUCGAGCUGGCCUUCUCGGCGCAGCCGCCUCACUCGCUUCUCACGUCCACCGUCUCCGCAUGUGGCACUCGCAAGCUGCUUCUCCGACUGCGGCGCGGCGACGAGGCCGUCAUCAUUCCGCAGGGAGCAUUCUCCACGCUGUGCGUCUCUUCGCAGGUCGGCUGUCGACAGGGCUGCACCUUUUGCGCCACUGGCACGAUGGGCCUACUCCGCUCCCUCGCCGCCGACGAGAUCCUCGCGCAGCUGCACGCCGCCGCCGCCGCCGUCCGGCAGCACGGCAUGCCGCCGCUGAGGAAUGUGUUCAUGGGCAUGGGCGAGCCGGCGGACAACGUGGAGGAGGCUCUAUCACCUGGAGAGAGACAGAGAAGGCGAGGCCGCUCGUACGUCUGCGUCUCAACUGUCGGACCGUCGCCGGGACACAUCCGCGCGCUGGAGCCGCUGCCCGCGCGGCUGGCCUGGUCGGUGCACGCGGCAGACGACCGGCUGCGCAGACUGCUCGUGCCGACAACGCGCCACCGGAUGAGCGAGCUGCGCGACGCGUGGGGGGAGACGGCCGACCGAGGCCUCAUGGCGGAGGUGACGCUCAUCGACGGAGUCAACGACGGCGCCGACGCGGCGGCCAGCCUGCACGGGUUGCUCGCGCCGCUGCCCGGCAAGACUCGCGUCAACCUCAUCCCUUACAACGCAAACGCGGGGCUGGGCGCCGCGGGACGCCUCUUCCGGCCGGCGCAGCCAGAGGCGGUGCGUGCCUUCCAACGGCGCCUACUCGACCGCGGCCUCAUCUGCACGGUCCGCACGCCGCGCGGCAACGAGGAGAGCUCUGCGUGCGGCAUGCUGCGCGUCGAGCACGCGAAGGGGAGUCGUGCAAGCCGCGGAGAUCUGGCGAGUUCGGUUUCGGACGAGUUUAAAGAGGCAGACACGGCGCGCAUGCAGUGA